AUGGAUGAAUUAUUUCCACCACCACCAAAACUAGCCAAUUACAGGGCAACAUCAAGACCCGUACAUGACAGUGACAUUGCAUUUUUGAGGGAAAGGCUGAAUGACCUUGGUCGAUUUUCAGCUAUACACUGGAUAGUGUCUGAUGAGCCACCAACACCUAAACUGGACAUUCCCUGUGUAGAAGACCUUUUUUUAGUGGAGGCCUACACAAAUGCAACUGAUAAAGUGCAAUGGCUGAGGACAAACCUUACAGUAUCAAAGGAGCAGAUAGAGGAGGUUGCAAAACUGACCACAGGACAGAGGACUAAUCAUUUAUGGGCAUUGGUUCGAAAGAAUCGUUUGACAGCAUCAAAUUUUGGCCUGGUUCUUGCUGCUAUUCGAAGGAAAAGAUUUCCACCAUCAUUAUUUAAGCAAAUAUUUGCUUCAUACAACCUAGCCACAAAGGAUGCAAUAUUGUGGGGAACCAGUAGUGAAGCUGUUGCCAGGGAAAAAUACUGUUCCUACGGAGAUGCAGUUGUGGAGGAAACAGGAGUGUGGCUUCAUGAAAGCGGUGUAUUGGGAGCAAGCCCAGAUGGUAUCAUUCGCCGUGCCGCAACUCAUAAUUACUGUCAUCAGGUGGCAGAGCUGACAGAUAUUCUUGAAGGCAUGAGGUUAAAGCCUGAGAUUUUAGAAAUUAAGUGCCCAUUCAGUGCCAGGAAUAUGACCAUCUCAGAAGCCAUUGGAUCAAUCAAAGAUUUUUAUUUAGAAUACCAAGCACAUGAGGGAAAACAAUUGUACCGGCUUAAAGAGAACCACAAGUACUAUGACCAGGUUCAAGGACAGCUACAUAUCAUGAACAAGUCUGCCUGUGAUUUUGUAGUUUGGACGACAAAGGACAUUGCCAUUGUCAGGAUUCUCCAGGACAGUAAUUGGACCCCAAACAUUGCUGAAUUGAAGGACUUUUAUUUUUCUAAAGUGGUUAAUUUGAUUCACCAGUGACUCACUAAACUGUCAACAUAUUUAUUGUACACAAUGUAGUGAUUACCCUGUUAUCUCUCUUUGUGCUACU